GAUGACAGAUCUCGAACAUUACAGAAUUCUUUUCAGCAAAUGUCUGGCAAUGAGAAAUUUUUCAACAGAAGACGUUAUGGAAAAGGUUCAAGUUCCAAAUAGUGAAUAUGUAUCUCAGAUUGUUGGUACUAAAGGCUGUAAGAUAAUGAAAAUUAUUUCUGAAACAAAUACCAAGAUUACAACGCCGAAAAGGCACGAAGAAUCAGUAUUCUGUGUUCAAGGCUCACCGGAAAAUGUACAAUGUGCCGUCUCGGAAAUUGAGAAAGAGGUAGACCGUAUACAGAGUCAACAAACAAUUCAUAAGCGUUCUAACAAACCUAUGAUUGAAUAUCGACAUCCUGUUAGAUACAGACAUAUUGGUUUAACUAUAGGAAAAGGCGGAAGUACAAUUCAAACCAUCAAGAGAAUUGCAAAUGUUGAAGUAGACUCACCGAGUAUUCUUGGAACUCCUGAAUUUAAAAUUGUUGGUGACUACGAGAGUGUUCUCAAAGCUAUCUCUUAUAUUGAACAAAAUAUCGCACAAAAAACUGCAAGCGGUCUUUCGUCACCUUUUAAUAUCGACUUGAUUCGAGAAGCACUAACUUCUGUGAAACCCUACUGA